CGCGCCAGUUCGCGCUUGUCAUUUUUCGUAUCUAUCCGCCCCGACUCUGCUUCAGUGGACUCCAUAGCUUGAAGUGUGAUCGUCUCGCAACGCUCUCCUCAUGGAUUCCAAUCACCAAGCAGUCUUAACACACUCGGAGGAUGAGACCCAAGAGGACCUCAAAAACUCCCAUAUCAAUGAUUUGCCUAUGGAACUCAUACGGGAAAUCUUCGUUACAUUGGAUCAAGGUGAUCGAGACAAGCUAUAUUCUCAUGACGGUUGCCCUACAGCUCGGCUGAUAUCAGGGGUCUGCCGCUUCUGGCGUUUCGUAGCACUAAAUAAAUCGCUUGCCCCCACCAUGUUGCCUUGCGAAGUGUCCUUUCUUUCAACAAAUGUGUGGUACGGACCUGCGCCUGUCAGGCCAACGCUAGAUCCUAAAUCUCAGGGAUGCCCGUACAAUUGUAGUAAUGUUACCUAUGAGAUCGAGCUCCGCGCAGUGGAUCGUUUGUGGGAUCCAAAUGUCGAAACCCAUGGCUCGCGUUCAACAUUUGUCCGAUACGGGUAUGUGUGCGACCAACUUAUAGCCAUUCCUGGCAGCAAAAAUCUAGUCGGGAUUUUUGGACUUUUUUGGACUUGGUGAUGUGGAAGAUCCCUCCUUUCGUUCUCCCUUCGAACCCGUCUUCGGAACUUUAUUGUCUUUGCAUGAUACCUUGCAGCAACAUGUCAUGGAACUUCUAGCAUGUGUUGAUUACCGUGCUCCCGUUCCUCGUAUCUUCCCCGUGGCAGCCAUUUGAUCACUCCACCUUAUUGUCAGUUGAGGCGGCUUGGGCGCAGUGCUGGUGCCUGACAUUGCUGAUAGAUGUUGAGCUUGAUCCAGGCUCCCCGACAGUAGUUAUCCGCGCAUGUUAAAAGCCAACUGGGAUCUACGGUGGUGUGGUUCCAGUCCUAAUUUUUGUUUGUAUGUAUAGCCCGAUGAGGAGUCGUGCACUCAUUCUUUGUUACCGGCAUUCUAGCUAACAGAUGUUGGGAUACCAGCCUUUAUUG